GCUUGCCGGUCUCCGGAGUCGCCUUGCCGCCGCCGCCCGUUUCCUCUGCUCGCGGCGAGCCCGUCAGUCCCCACAUAGUGCGCUCCUCCAUCUGGGCCAUGGAUUGCGGGGAUCUGACGAGCUUCUUUCUUCUGGUGUCUUUAAAGGGCCUUCUACCAUGAACAGUUCUACUUCUGCAGGCGUGUAUGGCUUUCUUAGAAAUGGCUUCUGAGGAAGCUGCUGUUACCAUGGUGAAUUAUUACACUCCUGUUACUCCUCAUCUUCGAAGUCAGCCUGUUUAUAUUCAGUAUUCCAAUCACAGAGAACUUAAGACUGACAAUCUGCCUAAUCAAGCUAGAGCCCAAGCUGCACUACAGGCUGUCAGUGCUGUUCAGUCAGGAAACCUGGCCCUUCCUGGAGCACCUUCCAGUGAAGGCACAGUCCUACCUGGGCAGAGUCCUGUUCUCCGAAUAAUUAUUGAAAACCUCUUCUAUCCUGUUACUCUAGAAGUUCUUCAUCAGAUAUUUUCUAAAUUUGGCACGGUCUUGAAGAUUAUCACCUUUACAAAGAAUAAUCAGUUUCAGGCCUUGCUCCAGUUUGCGGACCCAGUGAAUGCACACUACGCCAAGGUGGCUCUGGAUGGCCAGAAUAUCUAUAAUGCAUGCUGCACUCUGCGUAUUGACUUCUCCAAGCUCACCAGCCUUAAUGUGAAAUAUAAUAAUGACAAAAGCAGAGACUUCACUCGCUUAGACCUUCCUACUGGUGAUGGCCAGCCAUCUCUUGAACCCCCUAUGGCUGCUGCUUUUGGUGCACCAGGUAUAAUUUCUUCACCAUAUGCAGGGGCUGCUGGAUUUGCCCCAGCCAUUGGAUUUCCUCAAGCUGCAGGUCUGUCUGUCCCAGCUGUUCCUGGGGCCCUUGGUCCCCUCACACUCACUUCCUCUGCUGUUGCUGGAAGGAUGGCAAUUCCUGGGGCAAGUGGUAUACCAGGAAAUUCUGUUCUGCUUGUCACCAACCUCAAUCCUGAUCUUAUCACCCCACAUGGGCUUUUUAUCCUAUUUGGAGUAUAUGGUGAUGUACAUCGAGUGAAGAUUAUGUUUAAUAAGAAAGAAAAUGCCCUGGUUCAGAUGGCAGAUGCAAAUCAAGCUCAACUAGCAAUGAACCAUCUAAGUGGUCAGAGACUUUAUGGAAAAGUGCUUCGUGCUACACUGUCCAAACACCAGGCAGUUCAGCUUCCUCGAGAGGGGCAAGAAGACCAAGGUCUAACUAAGGAUUUCAGCAAUAGCCCCUUGCACCGCUUUAAAAAGCCCGGCUCUAAGAACUUCCAGAAUAUCUUUCCACCAUCAGCAACUCUUCACCUUUCCAACAUUCCCCCUUCUGUUACAAUGGAUGAUCUGAAGAACCUUUUCACAGAAGCUGGAUGUUCAGUGAAGGCUUUCAAAUUCUUUCAGAAAGAUCGCAAAAUGGCACUCAUUCAGUUGGGAUCUGUGGAAGAAGCAAUCCAGGCCCUCAUUGAGCUUCAUAAUCAUGAUCUUGGAGAAAAUCACCACCUCAGAGUUUCUUUCUCAAAAUCUACAAUUUGACUUUUCUGUGAAGUUUUCUCCUAAAACUGGACCAUAAGUUCAGUACAAUUUUCAGACAAUAGACUGAACAGCAGCUCAAGACCAAUUUUGCCUCUUUCAUAAAAAUAACUCCUUCUGAGUUUGAUAUUCAAGUAUAUUCAAACAAGGGAUGGUCUCCCCCCUUCCCCCCCCCGUUAUUUCCCUGUUGCCAGUAUAUGAUCAAAAGUUUGCUUUUCCUUUGUACCAUGGUUUCUAUAAAAAAUAGCCUUCAGGAAAAAAAAUCAGGAAAAAAUAUUUUUUGAAUAAUUUAAUUCCCUAUGUUAAAUUAGAUUUCAAGUGGACAGACUUUGUUUUAGUUUGGGUCCAGAUCAGCCUUAUACAAAACUUCUAAACACCUUUGUACUUUAAGAAAUUUAAACAUUCAGACUUUUAAAAUUACUCUAUGUAAGUAAUUUAAAUCACUUACAGCCAAGUUUUAACUCUAUGAUUUGGAAAUUUGACCCCUGUAGUAAAUUAUGUUCACUUACAAACUACAUCAAAUAUUUGCCAUCUAUUGAUGUUACUGUUCUUAAACACAUUGAGUUGUAUUGGAAGCAGAUUUAUAAACAUGCAUGUUUUCUUUCGAUUAUUUCUUUUUUUCACUGUAUGGCACUCUUUUGAAUAAUGCAUAUCUUACCUUUUUAAGACUAUUGGGAAAAAUAAAGCGUCUCAACUGUCCCCAGAAAAAAGUAAGUGGAAUCCAACCAGGAUCUAUUACGAUGUCAGAAUAAUCAGUAGUUUUAUUAGAAAAAUUGUGUUUUAAAUUUCAAAAUGACACUUAUUUGUUAAGUAAUAGAAUAUGAUCUUGAAAAAUUUUAAAAGAAAAAUCCUACUUAUAAACUACUUUUUUAUAAUUGUUUUAAAAAAAAAGUUUACAGUCUUAAAGAAAAUAUUCAGGUCUAUCAUAUGGUUUGACAGAUUUUUUAAAAGUUAUUUUUGGUAAGGUCUUCUUUUAGAAAAAAAAUGAAUCUCAAGGGUUUUUUGUACCACUAUAAUCUCUAAUACUUAUUCAGAAUUACUGUGUAUUUACUUAAUUUCUAUUAUGUGCCUUAUUAUGUGCUUAAGAUACAAUAGGUUAGAGUUUUAUCUAAAUAUCUUGAAAGAUAUAUUGUGGGCUUGGUGAGCGUUUGUUUUUUCUUUCCCUGUUUUGGUAAGGAUUUUAAAGUUUUUUCAUUGCAAUUUAAGUGGUUUUCAAUAAGUAAUAGUUUCUAUUCAGAUUUUUGGUGCUUUGGUGCAGAGAUGGGAUGUGGGAAGGUGAAUGGUUUUGGGAAUAAUUCAGUGCAUACUUGUAGGCCUCUUUGCAUUGUGGAUGGUAGUGGUUAUUGCCAGUUACCACAUAUCAACUUGGGGCUAUAGAACUGCAAUCUCAGUUUCUGGAUCUUGUCUGAUCUUUGUUGUCCAUCAGAAUUUGUCUCAGGAUUACUUGGUUCUUUCUCAGUACUCAAUGAGAACUUGCUUUUCUUUGUUACUAUAACUUCAUUACUGAGUGCCCACAUAUUUGGAGUAUGAGAAGGUUGGUUAUUUUUCAUACUCUAACCCUCUCUUUUUGGUUGAAUGUAAGAGUACAUUUUAAUGUUGCUUCAGUGAUUGUAUAGUGUAAAAUUGUUUCUUUUUAACAAGAAACUGCUUUUGUUAAUUAUUCCAAGUUUGGUCAGAUUUUUUUAAAGCAGAAUUUGUCAAAGGGAUCAGUUUUGCCCACCUCUUUUACACUUUUCAUAUUCUCAGAGUGGCUCAUCUCAGCUUUUAAAAGAAUAUCUCAAUCUUUUUACUCUGUUCCAGCCAUUAAUUCGAACAUAGGGAGGUUUGUUUGUUUUAUUUUUAACAAAAGAAAUUUUGCAGAGAGGCUGAAAGAGAUAAUUAUAGGUUGUUUAAAAUCAGAACUUAUUCAACACUGAGCAAGAAUUAUUAGCUCAAGAGAUAAGUAUAAUGAUUUUAUCUAUUUGGGUUUUUUCCCCCACUUCUGUGAAAUAUAUUCUUACCUGAAUACUGAGUAGGGAGGAAGAAAAAAUUUUGAAAAAUCUCCCAAAAUUUGCUUUUUUUUUUUUUCCACAUAGGCACUCUUGUAAUUUUCAGUGGCAUGUUAAAUUGGAUUACUUCAUUAGCUUUGAGUGGAGAAUUCCCAUGCAAUUUAUUAAUUCAUGAUUCUCAUAAUAUCCAGCAUAACUGUAGCAAAAGUUACCCAUAGCAGAAGAGGAGUCAUAAUGGUGUUGAAUGUAAUUUUGUAGUAAGGGAUGGCCUUUAAAUCUGGGAGAGAACAUUUGAAUCCUUUUCAGGGAUUUAUGUAGAUAUGUGUGUGCGAGAGUGUGUAUAAAUAAGUGUAUAUACAUGCAUACACUCUUCUAAUGUAUAUACAUAUGCACAUUACAUACAUUUUAAUUUAUUGACAAAGAAAAUUAACCAAAUUAAAAUUUGGAAAAGUGAGAUAUUCCUGUUUAAAAGAGCAUGUUUGAAGCCAUCAGAGUGUGUCUUAAAUUAGCUAUAGCUUAUGGGUAUUGUCCAUAUUGAGCUCUGCUGUUUGAGUUAUAGAGGUCUACAGUAUUUGUGUUAUCAUUUUUGUAAAAACAUUAAAAAAUAUCAGGGUGGUGGAAAAAUUAGAUCUGUGUUUGUUUUGGCAUGCAUUUAUUCAGUUGUCUUCUAAGCAGUGGUUUAUUUUUUGCUGUUGAUCUGUGAUGGUAUCCUAUUUUUAAGUUUAUUUACUUUAUUUUAAGGAGUAUUGUCAUAUCACUUUUCAAGGUAUCUUGACUUUUACACAAAAUAUGUAUAUUCAGGACUUUAAAAAAUAGCAGUAUACAUUUAACAAAUAGCAAUUUAUGCCAAAAUGCUUUACUCUGAGAUUUGGAUAACUUACAUAGCAGUAAAAUGUAUUUUGUGUAAGAUACAAAUAGAAAAAUAAUACAUUGUCUUAAUAAUUACCCAGUUAGCAUCUACAGAAUGUCAUAAUCCUUUAAGACUAAAUAUUAUAAUCAUUUAUUUGUAGUAAUAUUUGAACUCAUUUUUUGAAGCCACAGUUUCUGCCUGCUUCAUCCCUUAUGGGCACAAAGCCUUCUUGGCCUUCACCAGGCAUGGUGAUCGUCAUCAGGUCUGUUUCUGGUUAAGCUCUUAAGAGCUAAGUGUUGUGGUGCACACCUGUUAAUUUAGCACUGGGGAGGCAAAGGCAGUAGUAGCAUUUCCAGUUCAAGCCCAGCCUGACUACAUAUAGUGGCCAGCCUUGCUAUAUAGCGAAACCUUAUUUCAAAAAAAAAAAAAGAACAAAAAAGAAUUAUGAUUCUUUCUAUUUUCAGAAACUUUCAAAAGUCUCCAUAUCAUUAGGCAGCAGUAUUUAUAUUUGAAUAUAUUAUAAUGUGGUUUCUCUUCUGUUCCUAUUAAAUAUUUUUGGACAAAAAAAUGACAAACUCAACCAACCACUCACUUAAAAACCCUAAUUUUGCUAAACUAUCAGCUUGUCUCUUAGAAGACAUGUGUACUGCUAUUUUUAAAACCAAAAAGAGACAGCAUGACUAUGAGUAAAGCAUUUUUCUUAGCCUUUCCUUUGUCUUGAUCUGUUGUUAAUUGAGAAUAAAACUGCCAGACUUAAAAUAUUCUAUAGUGCUAAAACAAAUACAAUUUAGAUUGUACGGUUUUAAAGUGUAACUCAACUGUCUUUUAAACCAAUUGUGUUGUUAUAUACAAGACUACUUGCAGUCUUUUUUCAGAGCAAACCCUAACAACUAUUUGUAAAUGGUUUAAAAAGAUAGAAAAUUACUAAAAUCUUAAUUUGGGGGGGAAGUUUAUAAAGGGAGAAAAACAUAACAGGACCAAAGUUUAUGUGCCUUCUUUAAUAGUCUUAAUUGACCUUUUCUUCCUAUUUGAGACUAAGGUAGUAUCAGUAUUCUAGUUUUCAGGAAAUAUGUACUAUGUAGUUUUAAAAGAAUGUUGUCCCACAGACUAGUCAUACAAGCAAGUAACUGUAUAAAUGAAGACUCAGUUACACUCUGCCUUUAUCACAUAAUAUUCAUUAUAGAGCACUCUGCUGGUUCCAGAAAAGAACUGCUCUAUAACCUCUGUGUUAGUCACCUUAGUUUUGCAACCUGAGGCAUAUGUUAUAAAACACGGGGAUAUUUAUAUUUGUCUGGUCCAGUAACCUGGAUGGUGAUAAUAGUCAUGAUUUAAAGCCUGCUUUUGGCAAGCUUAAUUUAAUACUGUCAACAGAUUUUUGUUGUAUUAUUUUCAUUUCUUGGAUCUAUGUAGUAGUUAUAAGAAUAUUUAAAUAGCUAUUUUUUGUGUCAUUAAAAAAAAUCAUACUCUGACUUUUUUUUCCUUACCAUUCAUUGUUACCCAGAUCUUUAAAAAAUUCAUCCCAUAUCCAGAAAGUACUAAUUACAAAGAUUGCUGACCAAGCAAAGUUUUGCAUCAAAAUGUCACCUCAUUGCUCUGACCAAAGACUGACUUGUUCUGGUUUACCUCCUCUGUGAAGAUCCCCUCCAAGCUCCUUUCUGAGGGACCUAAGCAGAGUGGCCUUUAUUCUCUGUUUCCUAUUGGUGAAUAGACUACUUAGAGAAGAUGGGAGUUUAAAUGCGAACAGAGUGGAUUAGGGUGACAAGGGUUUGAUGGGCAUUUUCAGUACUGUAUUUAAGGGGAAAAAAAUAGCACAGCUAGAAGCCUCUGACAUUGUCUUGUGUUUUAUGUGGUCUGUUCAUAAAAUUCCCUUUUUCUGUUUGUGAGAAUGUUCAUCUAACAGAAGAAAAUGCUGUAAAUAUUUGUAACAACAUUUUUUUAAACCAGGCCAAAAAGAAGAAAAAAAAGGGUUUUGGGAACAAGUUAACAUAAAGUGGUUUUAUAUAAAACAUCAAUUGUCUUGUAUAUUUUGAUAAGCAGCAGUACCAGCUUUCAUUUGUAAUACAGUUCGUGGCAUUGGAAGAAAAGGAUUCUGUGAUUGUUGAAGUGAAUUGUGUUAUAAUUGCAAAGAGAAGAUAAAAUAUUAAAAAAACAUAUUUUCUAAAUGCGUAGUGCAUGAUUAAUUCAAGCUUCUGUACACUAUAUUCCAUUUUCCUUCAAUUUGUAUAUUUGCUAACUAUUACUUGGUAUCUCUAAUCUCUUUUCCUAACAAGUAUAGCAUUGUAGCAUGCCUUUUAAUAAAUGUCAUGACAUCUGUACGCUCUUAAAUUUUUUCUGUGUUCUUGUCUGUACCUUGGGUUCCCCUUGUCUUAUCUGUAAUUCUAAUGAUGUCAUAUUUUCUUUUUUUUUCCCAUAGCCAUCCAUCUCAAAUUGUCAUAGAAGAUAGCAAAAAUGAAUUCAAACAACUUUUUAAAAAAUCUAACUACUCUUUUAAUUUAGGAAUUAUUCUCAUUUUGAGGAGCAAAAUGUUUUUCUAAUCUUAUUCUGCACCUUUCAUUCAGUCAUUCCUUCUUUAGUGCAGUUACACAUUAGCAUGCUUGUUUGCUCAAACUUACUCUCUCUCUUCUCUCUUUCCCUCUUUGUACAGUGCCAAAAUGGAAUUGAAAUACUACUACAGGUUUGAUUCAAUUUUUUUGUUUCUCUGUAGGAUCAGCAUAUAUAACACUUAGACAUGAUGUCUGAUCUGAGACCAAGUUUGUGUUCUUUUGAAUUUGUAUUCUUAGUUAAAGAUUAACUCGAUUGCCAAGUAGCUAUAUAUUGUACUUCUUGGUUCUUUCAAGAAUUGUUGGAGGGCUGGUGGAGUGGCUCAAGUGAUAGAACACCUGUGUAGCAAGCAUGAGGCCCUGAGUUCAAA